AUGGAAAGGCGGAAUAUUCGAGGAACAGAUGGAUCCGGAUUUGCACAACCGAAAGAUACUUCAUGGUUAUAUGCCGUUAGCAGAUGCGGAAAUAGUAACUCACAAAGGGACGUGAUUACUUCGACUAAUGGAUUAGAAAGGUCAGCUCGUUUGUGUCCUCUCUGUUUACCACAACGGUGA